AUGACCGAUCAGAACGAGGCGCAGAAGCAGUCCAAGGGUGUCUGGGGAUCUGUCACGGGCGGAAUGAGCAACACCCUCGGCUCCGCCACCGAUACUGUCGGGAAGGGCAUUGGCGGCGCCACCAACCUUGUCGGCAACACCGUGUCUGGGCUCGGCAAGGGCGUGGGCGACACCGUGACGGGUGUUACGGGUGGUCUGGGGGACACGACCAAGGCUGCCGGCGGCAUGGUGCAGGAUACGACACGCGCAGGUGGUGAGGCCGUGGGCAUCAAGAAGAAUGUUCCCGAGGGCUAG